GCAUGCAACGGGAGCCUCCAGUCAGCUGAUAAUCGAGGAAGUGCGACCAGUUACUUAUUGGAGAUCGAAGCUUUAAAUGUUGAUGCGAAUAUCAGGCUGGUGACAUGCAGAUGCACUUUGUCUUUUCUGAGAAUGUGACGCUGCUCUUUGAUUUUUGGACAGUUCAGACACUGGCAGGUCUGAUACUAUCCUGCCUGGUUGUCCUACUCCUAACUGUUGUAUAUGAAAUCUCCAAGGUGUGGAAGUGUAAUCUUCUCAGCCGGGCAUUGCAGACAUUUCCUAUAAGAUCUAUUCACGAACCUACUCCAUCCUCAACUGCUGACCCUGAGACCAGCUCAAACAUAGUCUCUGAUCCCUUUCUGCCUCCAGCCUCCCUACCCCAGCAACAUACUGAGAGGCUGUCUGUGACUGAGGAGCACAUCCAGCCUAGUUCCAGAUGGUGGUUCCUGCAUUCUUUUCUCUCCCUGCUGCGCAUGGUCCAGGUUGUACUUGGAUACCUGCUCAUGCUCUGUGUCAUGUCAUACAAUGCCGCCAUCUUCAUCGCCGUGAUCCUAGGAUCGGGCCUCGGGUAUUUUCUUGCUUUUCCCCUACUUUCAAAAUACCCCAAACCCCACAUUAUGUAAGUGAGGGAAUUGGAGUUUAAGACACACAUUUUCAUUACCACUGGCAGUGCUGCAACUUAACUACAUUUCCAGCUAUCCAAAAUGGAAGAACAAUGGAUACAUUGCUGCAGUGUGACAUCUGUGCCUUGAAGGAGGGACCCUGUGUCCUUGUGCCUAUGUUUCCCCAAACUGUCAACUCGUGGCCAUGUGGGUGUUGCUGCACCACAGUUGUAUUUAUUUUAGUGCAGGAUCUUGGGUGUUGGGCUUCAGCGACUGGUUGCCGAGAAUCCCGGGAGCUGGCCUUGAGCCAUUGGCUGGCUAUGGAUGAGAGUUUGACGUGCUUACCCAAUGGGAAAGGUUGAUCUUUGUCUUCCUAAUGCUUGAUUUGCACAAAGCCACAUUACAAGCCUAUUAUUGUGUUACUGCCACCACUUGUCUAUUUGAUAUGUUCACAGAACCUCUCAGGGGGCAUCUUAUACCACUUUGAAAUGGACUUGUUGCCAGAGACCUAAGUUAAAGUGAUUGUCCAAAUGGAUCCUACCACAGUCACACUCCAAGCGGAAGUAUAUUACAUAGUUUGCUACCCAAAACUACCAAUCAUCUGGAAAGUAUGGUGUGCUGUUUGAAAGCAGAUGCUUUGCCACGUGUCACUUUAUGUCAUGAUCUUAAUCAAACAAGCUUUUGGUAUUGUUUACUCUGGCUCAAAACUCUACUCUACUGCCAAGCUCCUUUCACCCCCAUAAAUGUAUCACACUUCUCCAUGUUUCUUAUAAUAAAGGUUUCUUUUAUUUAU